AUGACCACUGUCACCAACAAGAGAAAAGAUUCAGCAGCCGUAAUGAAGCCAGCUGACAAUGGUCAUCUUGAUGAAAUGGUAAUGUCAAUGGUUGAGACCGCAAAUGACAAAAGUCCUUCGGUGAGAAAAUCAGUUGAGUCAUCUCUGGUGAACGUUGGCAAAUCACAUUGCAAUCUUGUCGUCUCGUACUGCAACCUUUAUCUUGUCAAAAAUCCUAAGAUGCCACAGGUGCACAAGUCAAUUUUGUUGAAUGUGAUGUUGAAAGUGUUGAAGGAUAAUGUUGACAACAUUUCUGAGGAUGUUGUACGUGAUGUCAUUAAACAAUCCUUUGCUGAAAUGAUUCAGAACAAAGAAAUAGGUUAUGAGGACCAGACAAACCUGUCAAGUGACAUAGUGGUGUUGCUGGGUAGCAGGUUCUGCCAUGAAGUCAUGACGGAAUUGUUGGAGAAGUUCCAACCAAACACAGUGCCUCACUUCUUUGUCGUCCAAACUCUUUCUAAUUUGUCUCUCGUUAAUGUGUAUGGCAUGGUUCCGUCUUAUAUGAAGGCUUGCUUGGGAGCCUGUCUGCCAAUGCUCCUCAUGACCAAGAGUGACAACAUGAAGUUUAUAUUCACUAAAAUGUUGUCAUCAUUCAGCGAAGCCAUAGUCGACUAUAUGGCAAACAUCGAGUCGGCACCAGACCAGAAUGUUAAGAAAGAGUUUUUUAGUACGGAAGUGUGGACUGCCUGGGAGCACCUCUUCGACAACUGGCUGUCUAACAAGGACCUCAAGGUUAAAGGUCAGGUGGUUGAAUGUUUGGGUCGAAUGUCAAACAUCUUGGCAUCGACGAAACUCAAUGAGUGUCUGCAGAAGUUCAUUCCUGCUGUCUGCAGCAUCCUCAAGAAACAACAUUAUUGUCAGCUUGUUACUGAGGGUCUGCACCACAUGUUGGAAGCUGCAGUGGCGACAGAUUGCAUGGCGGUCGACCCCUACCUGGACAACAUCCUCAAUUCAUUGUUCCUUCAAUCUCAGUGGCCCAUCAAUCUCACGUCUACCACUUCUGUUAAGAACCACAACCAGUCACUCAGAUGCUUCUCACUGUUGGGGGAGAGCUUACGGGAUAAAGAGAAACAACUUUUAUCUGGAUUGAAGAUGAUCAUUAACGACCCUAGUAACAAAGUGCGUCGGUCGCUGGCGGAAACAUUAGUGAAGAUAUCACAUCAUGGUUACUUGGAGCUGGAAGGAGGGAAAUCAUUUGUGGAGUUUGUCCUCAAACAAUGUCUCUUGAAUGACGAGUCAGUAACGGGCAGCACUCAGAAGAAGCAGCAGCAGCAACAAGCAGUCGAUCAAAACUUCGUCACAAACAACAUGCUGAGAAUGUUCUGUGAAAAUGUUCUUCAUCUUUUGGCCACAACUGUACAGAACACAAACAACGCUCUGUGGCCGUAUUUAUUUGAGUUUCUCAUCCAAUCAAAUUACACCAACGCAUGUGGCGUCGUUUGUAAAACUAUCUCAUCGCUGGCCAAUAAGAAGCUAGAGAAUGGUGAUCCUGACUAUUACAUUGAUUUCGAUAGGGAAGUCUCCGUACCCAAGCCUGAGGCUAUCUUCGUUCGCUUGUUUGUUUUGCUUGGUCAUCCGAAGCAUGGAUACAAAAGAGGAGUGUACGUGCUGCAAGCCCUCAUAUCUCUAUCCAAACUCUUCCAUCCGUGUCUCGAGGACCUAUGGAAGAAGAGUUUCUCAAACAUGGCAAAGAUUCUUGAAGAUGAUGAUAGUGAUGACAAAAAGUGGGACCAAACGAAGUGGGAGGCCGCUCUUAUAAAUAUCCUACGCGCAACGAUUGAUGAGAUCAAGAGGGAAAGCUGGACGAGCAGGUGCGGGCGUGAGAUGCUGCAACAGAUCAGCCUCUACUCAUCAUCACCAUUAGAGAAGGCCUUCCUGUUCAAGUGCAUUGGAAUUGCCAUCAGCAAGAUACCCGUCAAGAAGAACAUCUUCAUAGUUCCAGUUCUGGAGAAGAAGGGCGGCAGCAUUCGCGGCAGUGAAAAGGACAGGGACCUGAGCAUGGCGGAGGACAACCAGAACAUGAUGAACAAGGAGUUUGUGUGCACGUGCAUCGAUGCUCUCUUCAAUAACACCAACCAUGAGAUCGCCGACGAGAGAGAGGCAUGCGCGCAAGCUAUCGGAUUGGCAUCGUCACCAUCGUUAUCUUUACCGCUGCCAUCAUCGACAUCAUCGCCGCUGUCAUCGCCACCAUCGAAGUCACCACCACCAGCAGCACCAACACCAUCACCAACAACAUCCCCAUCAAUGCCACCUCCCCCUCCAACGCCUCCAUCGUCCAAUGUUGACGUCAUCUUUGAGAAACUGGAGAGCAUUUUGAGAUCGAAGAAGACAUCUUCCUUCAUUACUUUCAUCAAGGUGCUGGUGGUGGAAGCGGUGGGUGAGUUUGAUGAGAAGUUCAAAUCAACAAUCUGCCUGUGCUAUGGCUACAUUGCGUUGUACGUUCCACCACAGAUGCUACAGUCCUGUCUGGACUUUUAUAUACUGGCUCACAUCAACCAUUACAAUGUCUCUAAUAUCAAGGAUCCAGCCUUAAAAGUGAGCAUCAUUAGGAGCAUUGAACUUGUCUGUCGAUCCAUACAUUCCAAGAACUCCUCACAUGCCAUUAAAGGGUUGAUCCUGAACUCCAGAGAUGUGAUGUUGAAUGGGAUCAAGAAUCUGAUGAAGCAGGAAAGCCAGACGUCCCUGCCGAAUGACUUCCGAACUCAAAUAACGACCACAUGUUCUGCUCUUGUGUUCGUUACUUUUUUGAUUUGGCUCAACAAACUGGAUCCACCUUUGAAGUCGUCAGAUGUCCACGAAAUCUUCUCCAUCUUCGCAUCUCGCAUUAUCACCCUCCCUCCAGAUCUUCCUCCAUCUUCCUCCUCCUCCUCUUCAUCUCCAUCACCGUCAUCAUCACCAUCGAUCUCAUCAGAGGAGCAGACGACAUAUCAGAGUCUCUUACAAAAGUGCAAUGUGGCUCUCGUUAAGUUGGCAACUGUCUUCGUGGAACGUGAUCCGUCACCAGGCGUCUUUUCCGCUAUCUUCCAGAUCUUGCAACCCCUCCUGAUAUCAGCUCAAGAAUUUGAAAGACUGAGAGCCUUAACAAUGCUGUACAAUGUCGUUGUUAUAUAUCUAAAGAAAAUUAAUAACUCGCUGGUCAACAAAAUAGGGAACCUGGGUCAGGUGGUAGGCUUCAUAGUGCCCAGGUGUGCAGAUCAAUCAGUGCAGGUGAGAAUGAUUGCUGCCAACUGCUUGCACAAAUUGCUUUCUGUUGGGCUAAGAUACGAAGGAAGAUCAGCAGACUUCCGAGACGAGAAUGUUGACAAGAUGGAGACCAUAAAGCAACAUCUGUGCGACAACAACGUCCUCAACAAUCCCGACGCCAUGCUGUAUUACGUUAAUCAGCUGGCCGAGGUGUUGAACUUUCGAGUUGGGUUCGACCACCUGUUGUUGUACAUAGAAACGCUGAUAAGCAGUCUGUUGGACCUACAACCACAGUCCUCUUCUGCUGUCAGCAUCAUACUGGCAUGUUGCAUCAAAUCCAGGGGCAUGGAGCUGCAGGGCGUGGUUGACAAAAUCUACCAUACUUUGCACAACACUCUGCCCUUCAUCACCCACCCUCAAACGAGAACUGGUGCACUGAGAGUCAUCAGGGCGUUGACCUCCCAUCACCUCGUCAAGGUCAUCACACUUCUCCUUGACGAAACUUAUCCGUUGGUUGGCAUGACGAGCGAGAUCUGGCAGGACCUGGGGCACGACCCUCAGCUAUCCCUCUCCCUGGUGGACAACCUCUUCGAGACACUAUCCAGGUCCACUCCAUACGAAGAAGUUGUGGAAGUGAGGGGCAGGAACAAAUCGUACAGAAGAGCUACUGUUCUGCCGUUGGCUGCCAUAUUAGCACUGACAGACAUAAUGAAAGCACCAGAAAGCAACUUCGUUGUCAUGCAGAACUACGGAAAGUUGAUUGUCUUGUUGAUGUCUUAUGUGGCGUCUAUGUGUGAGACCAGUCUGCCUAAAAUCGAUAAAAAGAAAUCGUCCCAGAACAAGUCUCAGCGAGUGUCGCCGGGUUCUUCUUCAACAUCACCGACCACGAUAUCGGUGCAGGCACUGAGACAACUUGUGACGGCCUCGCAACAGCAGAGAUUCAUCGAGCAGCUGGAAAAUGAGAAGGUGUGGGAGAUCUUACUAAUGGAUAAGCAGGAGAGAUUGUUGGAGGGCUUCACCAUAUUUGCCAGAUGCCUCGCAGAUCACGAUCCAAUGAUGAUUUCAAAGUUGGCGGGCAAUCUGAACAGUUUGCUAUCAAGUGCCUACACCAUGCAGAGGAUCAUGGUGGCUGUCAUCUUCGCUGAGUUCAUCAACAAACGUUGCGGAGAGGACAGCGGUGCGGUGGAUGUCCUAGUGGGCAGCUUGUUGAACAGGCUGGCGGACAACGAUUCAGUCGUUAGAAGAAUGUGCAUCAGAGGUCUUGGUAAUCUGGCGAGCAAUGGAAAGCCCGUGGUCCAGAAGCACAGUGCCUCCAUUCUAACAGCGCUCAUGGCUGGGACGGACGACAAGGAUGAUGUUGAUGACGUCAUCGCUCUUGAAGCCAUGACGUCACUGCUCAAGCUGGUCUCCAUGUUGUCCCUUUCCAAUGUGAAUGAUGUCGUCAUCAAGAUGGCUCUCAGGAUCAGGCCCUGGUUUGAUAAAGACAACGCCGACAUCCGUGAAACCUCGUUGAAGCUGUUUGGUGACCUGUCCACGUUCGCACUGAAGGAGAACAAGGAACAGUUCGUCGAGCAGGUGCAUUCAAACAUCGUGUCCAUCCUCUUACACCUUAAUGAUGAGGAGCCUAGGGUUCUCCAGGCCAGCAAGAAAUGUCUCCGAAAGCUAGGUACCCUACUGGACGCCGCUGAAAUCAAUGAAAUGUUUCAGAAGCACCUGAUAGAUGACGCUGCCCUCAAGUACUCUCUCUUCAUGAACGAUCUCUCCAAAUUAAUUGUUAGAAACCUUCCAGAUAAGGUUGCAUACUACAGCAUGGGACUGCUGACUUACUUCAAGUGCCACAACAAUCGCCUGAGAAGCAAUGCGGCCAUUUUCAUUGGUUGUUUGGUGGGCAAUUAUUCGAAAAUAGAAGCGGGAAAUUCCAAAAAAGUUGGCGGCGCUGAAUGUGUUGAGAAUGGGAAUGUCGACAGGGCUGUCGAUGGUGUCGCUGGUGUUGAUGGCGUCUGCACGGAUGACACCAACGUCACGUCAGUCAUCAAUAAGGACCAAGUCUGCAGAGCACUGAUGCUGUUGUUGAAAGAUGAGGACGCUGAGGUGAGGAGUUCAGCCGUUGAAGCCAUCAGCUGUUUGUUUGCAGCUUUUUGA